GAGUGCCCACCGUGCUCGCCCUCGACUUCAUGUGCUUCCUGGUGCUGCUCUUCGUUUUUUCCAUUCUACGUAAGGUUGCGUGGGACUAUGGCCGCCUGGCGCUGGUCACUGACGCCGACAGGAGUAACUCGACUGACUGAUAAAGACUGAAAUGAAACACACAGACACAAGCUCACCUGGAGCAGAAACGUUUCCAACAGGAAAUGACAUAAAUCUUUACUGUUCCCAAGAAGCUUCACAGCACAUGAGUCAGAUCACAGAGCGGAUUCUGUGUCUGUCAUGUUAAAGGACAGGUGUUCUGUCUCAGGUCAGUGUCAGGUGAACGUUUCAACAGUUUUUCAGUGUUUACACCGAACACAGGUGUGAUGUCAGUGUAAACGUUGGAGGACUGAGCCCGCAGUUCUUCUUCUGUGUGAAAAUAAAGUGAACAUAACCGAUUGUGAGACUUCAGCGGAGUCUUCCUCCUCCGAUACAGAGUGGUCAGAACAAACAUCUGUGACGAGGACAACAAAGACGAACAUUUAUCAAACUGAACUCUGUCGGAAUUAUUCCUAACUGACACCUUCCUGUUUCAAACAGCUGCUUCAGUUUCUGUGAAUUUCAGAUGUGUUGUCAUGGUGACCAGACAUGGAUAUUGAUUGACUGAUCCAUGUGGUCUCAAAAAUACAGAUGCUGAGAACGGAUGUGUUUGCAGUUAUUUUCUUAAUCUUGUUGUCUCGAGAUCACAAGAUUUUCUUCAUUAUGUCAAGAUAACGAGAUAAUUUAUCAUUAGAAAACAACUGUCUAACGCUCGGGGAUUAUUUAUCUUGUUGCCUCGAGCUCGUUCCUGUGUGAUAAUAACAAGUUCAUCAAAGUCAUUAUUGAGAAAAUAAAAGGCAAAUUUCUGGAAAUAACGAGAUGAUUUUACAUGAGAUUCAACUUUGCUGUGAUCACAGGUCAUUUUUGUCGUUAUCUCGAGAUAACAAACCUCAUUUUAUCGUGAUAACAGCUUAACUUAUGUCAGUUUAUGAAAAAACAAACGGCCAGUUUCUCAAAGCUCACAAAGCUCAUUUUUCCAAGGUAAUGAAAUAAUUAAAUUGUAAUAUCAAAAUAACAGCAUUCAAAAAAAAUAAUGAUUUGCGAGCACGGGCGUUCUUGGCUUCUGUACACGACAUGGUGACAAACAAAGCCGAGAUUUCAAAGAUGCGGAACAUGAAGAGAACCUCUGAGCCAGAACGUCACAACUGUUUGUGGCGGUGAGUCGCAGGUAAACAGACUGUUGUCAAGGUAACGUAUACAGAAACAUUAACUUCAAGGUGCAUCAGCUGACGUUUAUGUUACGCAGUGGAAGUUAUACAAGUCAGAAAUGACACGUAGCCGAUGACAUUUGAUAAUUAGUUUUAUGAGCUCAUUGGUGCCUCGUGUGGCCAUUGGGGUAAAAAAAAAAUAAAGACAGUCAAGCUGCAGAAGAAGAAGAAGAAGAAGAAGAAGAGUUUUUUUCAGAUGUCAGAUGAACUUUAACGAGGUGUUGAGAGGAAAUGAAUGAAAUGAAUACGACGGUUUCCUGUCGACCGUCGGAUGAAACUGGGUGGUGAUGUUUUGUUUAAACGAGUGACUCUUGAGUUUUUGUUCCUGUCGGUCAUCGUCACGGCGACUGUGUGUCUCGCAGCAGCUUGUGAUUCUCUUUCUGUUUCCAUCCUGAAGACUGAAGAAGCGUUUCAGCGACCUGGAGGAGCGGGAAUACGUUGCCUCGGCGAUGCACUCGGAGACACCCGACCGUUACGAACGCCUCACCUCCGUCUCCUCCUCUGUUGACUUCGACCAGAGAGACAACGGUUUCUGCUCGUGGCUGACGGCCAUCUUCAGAAUAAAGGAUGAAGAGAUUAGGGAGAAGUGUGGCGAGGAUGCUGUUCACUACCUGUCCUUCCAGCGUCACAUCAUCGGCCUGCUGGUCGUGGUCGGCGUCCUCUCCGUGGGCAUCGUCUUGCCUGUGAACUUCUCCGGAGACCUGCUCGAAAACAACGCCUACAGCUUUGGACGCACCACGAUAGCCAACCUCAAGUCUGGGACGAAUCUGUUGUGGCUGCACACUUCGUUUGCCUUCAUGUAUCUGCUGCUGACCGUCUACAGCAUGAGGAGACACACGUCCAAGAUGCACUACAAGGAGGACGACCUGGUGAAGCGCACUUUAUUCAUUAACGGCAUCUCUAAAUACGCUGAGGAGAGUCAGAUCAAACAGCACUUUGAACAGGCGUAUGAGAACUGCACGGUGCUGGAGGCUCGGAUCUGCUACAACGUGGCCAAACUUAUGUCUCUGAACGCAGAGAGGAAGAAGACGGAGCGCAGUAAGAAGUUUUUCACUGACCUGAUGGCGAAGGAACACGUUCCCACCAUGAUAAACCCCAAACCCUGCGGACACCUCUGCUGCUGCGCCAUCGCCGGCUGCGAGGAGGAAGAGGCGGUCAGCUACUACACCAAGAGGGAGGCCAAGCUGAAGGAGGAGUACAGGAAGGAGAAGGAGAAGGUCCACACCAAACCUCUGGGCAUGGCCUUCGUCACCUUCCAGAACGAGGCCAUGACCGCCAUUAUUUUGAAGGACUUUAACGCCUGUCAGGUUCAGGGAUGUCGGUGUCGUCAGGAGCCACGAUCCUCUCAGUUCAGCGAAGUUCUUCAUGUUCACAACUGGAGCGUUUCAUACGCACCCGACCCACAAAACAUCCGCUGGGAGCAUCUGUCACUCGGUGGGAUCUCCUGGUGGAUCCGCUGCUUCAUCAUCAACUGCAUCCUCUUCCUCCUGCUCUUCUUCCUCACCACACCCGCCAUCAUCAUCUCCACCAUGGACAAGUUCAACGUCACCAAGCCUGUGGAGUAUCUCAAUAAUCCCAUCAUCACUCAGUUCUUCCCCACUCUGCUGCUCUGGGCUUUCUCUGCUCUGCUGCCCACCAUCGUCUACUACUCUGCCUUCUUCGAGGCUCACUGGACCAGGUCUGGAGAAAACAGGACGACAAUGCAUAAGUGUUACACCUUCCUGAUCUUCAUGGUUCUGCUGCUGCCGUCUCUGGGACUCAGCAGCCUGGAUGUUUUCUUCCGCUGGCUCUUUGAUAAGAAGUUCCUGGCUGAUGCUAGUGUCAGAUUUGAGUGCGUCUUCCUGCCAGAUAACGGAGCGUUCUUCGUCAACUAUGUCAUCGCCUCUGCGUUCAUUGGGAACGCCAUGGACCUGCUGAGGAUCCCCGGUCUGCUCAUGUACAUGAUUCGGCUGUGCCUGGCUCGCUCCGCUGCCGACCGCCGCAACGUCAAGAGGCACCAGGCCUAUGAGUUUCAGUUUGGAGCGGCGUACGCUUGGAUGAUGAACGUCUUCACGGUGGUGAUGGCCUAUAGCAUCACCUGCCCCAUCAUCGUCCCCUUCGGUCUGAUGUACAUGCUGCUGAAACACCUGGUGGACAGAUACAACAUGUACUAUGCUUACCUGCCCUCCAAACUGGACAAGAAGAUCCACUCGGGAGCCGUCACCCAGGUGGUGGCAGCUCCCAUCCUCUGCCUCUUCUGGCUGCUUUUCUUCUCCACUAUGCGCACAGGUUUUGAGACGCCGACCUCCAUGUUCACUCUGGUGGUGCUGAUCGUCACCAUCGUGGUCUGUCUGUCUCACGUCUGCUUCGGACACUUCAAGUACCUCAGCGCUCACAACUACAAGAUCGACACCAAGGAGAAUGACGUGGACGCUGUCGAGAAUGGACGUCCAGCUCGUCCGUCGUCCUCCCCCACUACCAAAUCUCAGCAGCAGCAGCAGCAGCAGCAGCAGCAGCAGCAGAUGUACAUCGCCCAGGUGCUUCAGGACCCAAACUCAGACGAGCCGGGCGGUGGCAGCGGCGAGGAGGACCGAGGGUCGUCCCAGGACGAGGAGAUGCUGAACGGAGGGAACAGCAUCAAUGAGGCGGAUUUUCAGUCAGGGGAGGACAGUCUGAUCGCCAACGAGGUUCACCAGUAGCGGGGGGUGGAGCUAGAGGGUGGGGCGGAGCUAGUUGAGGGUCCAUACCCACACAACAGUUACAAAAUAAAGCUGACUGGAGAAUCACCACACACAUUAACACACACGCAUACAGACUGACUGACACGGUUAGCUCCGCCCCCUCCCAGCUCGAAGACUUGACCUUGACCUUUGACGCCGGCGCCGGGUCGCCAACAUCCAGUCCUGCACAUCUGUGUAAACUUGAUGGACGUCAAACUGUCUCCACAGGAAAUCACUGUACAUAACCACAAAGCCAAAAGUUUUUGUUUUUGUUUUUUUCUCGGGGUUAGGGGCAGGGUUUAAAAAUUCGUGCCUGGGCUGGAUUUUGUUCGUUCGCACUCGUGUCUUGACUCCUGAUCCCACCGCGGGUCGCCGGGACUCGACCUGUCAUGGGGGCAAAGCUGAUGCUGACGCUGUCUUUUUCUGGUGAACGCCUCCAAACAAACCUCCGUCGUCACCACUGUCCUCCAACAUCGGAGUGCUAAAUAAGUCGCCAACCGCCAGCUGUCGUAGUGGUAGAAGCCUCGCUUACGCAGAUGCAUCGCAGUCUCCCUUCCCUGUUUCGCCGUUUUCCUUUUUUUUGUGGAACCUGUGCAUCAUGGAUUCUGCUGCUGUGUUCGACACAUCACCUGGAAGUUUUUUUUUGACCUGCCAAGAUUUGGCUGCAUGUUGAUAAAAGUGCUGUCUGGAUUAAUGACGUCACCACCCUCGGAUGAUGUCAUCCAUCAUGGGACUGUGGUGGCCAGUGAACUCGCUACACCCCCCCCCCCGGUCUUAGCGGCACAUCCUCCUGCCUGCCGUUGGAACAUUUGUUUUCUGGUUUUGAUUUCACCCGAACUACCUUAAAUCAUGAAACCUGACAAAGGGAACGGGGAUGUUUGUGUCUGUGUAGGGUUAGCAAUCAGAACUCUUUUCAUUCAUGGGGAGAACUUUGUGAAGACACUCUGACAGUAGCAGUCGAGUAGUUUGAGCUCGGGUAGACGCAGAAGAGCAGCGCUUUUCGUCUGGACCGUCUGCCCUCGAUGCCUGAAGCUGUCAGAACUCUCAAGGGAAAAUGUUUUCUGUUUGUGUGCGUUUUGAGGCGUACACUGUGUGUGUGUGUGUGUGUGUGUGUGUGUGCGCGCGCGCGCCCGUAUGCGUGUGCAUGUGUGUGCAUGCGCGUGUGUCCAGUAGCUUAUUUUGUACGCCAACCUGCACCAUGAAGGGUUCAGUAACAUCACCAGGUAACUAAAACGACAUCCGGCGAACAAGUUCCAGUGCUUCUAAACCCAGUCGUCUCUCUACUGUAGAAUUAGUUCCAAGACGUGUUUUCCUUCAUUUUAGUUUGAAAAGGUUUUGAGAGAAUUUGAUCUUUGACGCCUACAAACACCAACGUCUGUUUUCCCUGCUGCAGUUGAAGCUCAGAUAUUAUAAAUAUGAUAUUUAAACCAAAUGUUGUGUACAGAACAGAAACAGGUCCAGGACAUGGUUAGCUUAGCUUAGCAGACUGGAGACUGGAAGCAGAGAGAAAAUGCUAGCCUAGCUCCAACAUAGUAAAUCUUUCUGAUUUACAUUUUAUAUCUUAUUAUUAUUUUCUAUCUGCAUCUCUAAAGCGAACAGUCAAGUUUGAGAUUACAGGGCUCCCAUAGACCCAUCUUGUUGUGCGUCAUAACCUUUAUGUCUUGUUUUCAGGAAUCUGCGUUGCUGCCUUUCUUAGCCAGGAUUCUCUUGUAAAAGAGAUUUUAAUCUCAAUGAGUCUAUUACCUGGUUAAAUAAAGGUUAAUAAUAAGAAUCAUAAAAUGAAUUGAAUUUAUUAAUCAAAAAAACAAACAAAAAAAACAACCCUGGAUUAAAACACAAAUAUUAGUUCCUUGGUCUGGUUAGCUCAGGGUUAGCUUUCAUGUCUGAUUAAGAGGUUGAUUCUUGUUAGCUAACCCACUGCAUCCUACAGUCAGCCAGGAGUAGUAAACUAGAGCUGAGGGUCAAGAGCUAGCCGACAGUUAGCUUUCUUCCAGUUAGCUAUUUUUUGGUUAGACUUUGUACGGUUAGCUAUCUAACAAUUAGCUUUCUUACAGUUAGCUAUCUUACAGUAAGUAUUCUUAAAGUUAGCUAUCUCACAAUUAGCUUUCUUAUAGUUAGCAUCUUACAGUUAGCUAUCUUACAGUUAGCUUUCUUACAGUUAGCUUUCUUUAAGUUAGCUUUCUUACAGUAAGCUUUCUUACAGUUAGCUGUCUUACAGUUAGCUUUCUUAAGUUUAGCUAUCUUACAGUUUACUUCUGGCGCUUGACCUUUCAGAUAGGGGUCCAUGUCAUUGGUUCGACAUCCCAUUAGUCCGACUGUCCGUGGUGCUGAACGGCUCGCGG